CCGAGCGUCUUCUAUUUUAUUGUAUCCACAAUUGGAACAGCUCCUUCUUUCUAGCGUUCACCCCGGAGAUGGCUUGGCUGCGCGCACUGAGCGUUAUUGGACUGCUGCUUUCGAGUGUCAGAGCGGGACCACCCGUGUCUGUGCUAUCCAACACUGUUUUGGAUAGCCAAGGAAUCUUUUUUGUGUCUUAUGACGGUGUGGUCAACGUCAACUCCUUCCAGGACUCUGCGGUAUUGACCUACGGAAACUACCAAUUCUCGGCAUGGUACACUGCCAGUGGCGCCGCCAUGCUAGGACGGCGGUCUCUUCCGUCUGGGGCGUGGUCGGUGCUCAAGCUGCCCCACAACCUCUCGGUAUCGGACUCGCACAACGUCAUCUCCCUCGGGUGCCUCGCCCGGAAAGCUCACCUCGCGCAGUUGUACUACACCAACUCGGAAGCCAACCUCGCCUCCAGCGGCAACAGCUGGAUUGCGAGCCGCUUCUCCGCCAUCACGUCCACCCUCGGAACCCUCAACGUUGGACCAUUCGUGGUUACCCCGACGAACCUCCUCCAAUUCGUCUACCGCACCGGCGUCUCAGGCAACGGGGCCACGCAGCUCGCCGAAUACAGCGGCGGCGUGUGGAGCUCCGUCGGCUCCUGGGCGUCGGCGUCGGGGACGUACACGGCCCCCAGCGGCGCGACCAGCACACUGCGCAACCUGUACAUCCACGGCUUCACGUACCACCAAAACCGCGUCCACGUGUCCGGCACCUGGCGCGAGCAGAACGGAGCCGUGUCCUGCAGCAGCGCAGGGCUGACCAAUCAUGACACCGUGUACUUCAACUCGGACAACCUCGGCACGCCGCUUUUCCGGGUUCUCGUUGCGCUGCUCAUCUGA